UUGCAAUUGCUGCAAAAUAUACAUUUCAUACAAAUAUACAUGUGUAAUAUUAUUCAUUACAAGGUGGCGAAUUCGAAUGAUAAUAGGAGGAGGAGGAGUACUAGACAAGAUGAUGAUGAUGAAGAAGAGAUUAAUGUGUUUGAUACGAUGUUUCGAGGGAAUAUUAAUAGAGAAGAAGAAAUGUCUGUUAUGGUUUCUGCGUUAACUCAUGUUGUUGUUGGUCAUCAUCCUGAAAAUGUUGAAAAUCAUCAUCAAAAUAAUACAUCAAGUUCUAGGGGUGUUGGAGAAAAAAGAGGACGUGAUGAAGAACAAUUGUUAUUAUUACAUGGAACUAAUUCUUCUCAUAUGACAUUAUCAUCAGGUGGUGAAGGUACAAGCAUUAGGACAAUUACAAGCAGCACAUCAACAACAGAAGCAACAUUUAUAUACACUACUUCAACAAACAAUGUUCAUCAAAAUAGCAGUACUAUUGAUCAAUCUAAUAAUACGAAUGAUAAUCAACUAAGACGACGAUACAGAGGAGUAAGACAGAGGCCAUGGGGAAAAUGGGCAGCUGAAAUAAGAGAUCCAUAUAAAGCAGCGCGUGUUUGGCUAGGUACUUUUGAUACUGCUGAAGGAGCUGCUAGAGCUUAUGAUGAAGCCGCUCUUAGAUUUAGAGGUAGCAAAGCAAAACUCAAUUUCCCAGAAAAUGUUAGUUUAUUGCCUUCUUCAAUUCAACAACCUCCAAAUACCCUUUACUCUGUUUCUUCCGAACCCGACCCAAUCGUUCACACUUCUUCUCUGUAUCAUUCCAAUUUUAUCGGACAUUCCUCCAGGGACGUGGAACCUAUAGUUCCCACUUCGUCUCUGGAUCAUUCCAAUUUUAUUAUUGGGCAUUCCUCUAGGGAUGAGAAGCCAAUAGUUCACACUUCAUCUCUGUAUCGUUCCAAUUUUAUUAUUGGACAUACCUCUAGGGAUGUGGAGCCAAUAGUUCACACGAAUCGUUCCAAUUUUACCGAACAUUCCUCUAAGGAUGUGGGACCUAUAGUUCAGAGUUCUUCUCUGUAUCGUUCCAAUUUUAUUGAACGUAUCCCUAGGAAUGAUCCAAUAGUUGAUCACAUGGUGCAGCAGGGGGCAUAUUUUCCAUAUUUUCAGGCAGGUAGUACUAGUCAGAGUACAAGUGGAAGUGAUUUUCAUCAAGCUACAAAUUCUUCUAAUUGGUCAAAUCAUGAUCAUCCUUCUUCUUCAUCUGGAUAAUUUUAUUAUAGGCAUAAUAUAUCAUUUAACUUGACUUCAGCUGAUAUCUAUAUGAUAAUUUUGAGUGUGUAUAAGUAAAUAUUUAAACUUGUCUAAAAUUGAACAAAUAGACAUAAUUGUCCUAUAUGACAAUUUUGUGCCAUAUGUGGUUGUCCUACAUGUAUAAUGUAUGUGUCUACUUAUUCAAUUUUAUAUAAAUUUAAAUAUUUACUUACACACACUCAUAACUAAAGGACAUAAAUAUCGGCCGAAACAAAGUUACAAGUUUAUACUACUAGAAUAUUUUUUUCAUCUUCCUGGAAGAUUUUGACUAGCUAGUAGAUAUUUUUUUUUAGGAAUGUAUUGGUGAACAAGAAUUGGCCACGUGGAUGAGGUCCAUUUUUUUUUUGUCAUGUUUUGGGAUGUAUUUAAGUGAGAG